AUGAAGACUCUGGUGGUGCUGACACUUCUAGCAACUGCAGCUGCUCACCCUAAGGCCAGCAAUGCAGAUGCUGAAGGGAAGUUGAGGAGGUUCUAUAUAGCAGCGCUAGAGUUGGAAUGGGACUACGCUCCAGCGGGCAACCUCGUCAAUGACGACCCAGAUGCCGACAUUUACAUAAAGAAUGGUCCUGUACGAAUUGGCAGCAAGUACACCAAGGUGCUGUUCCGGGAGUUUACCGACGACACUUUCCAAAACCAGAAACCCCACCCUCCGCUCCUGGGUCACCUUGGACCCGUCAUCAGGGCAGAGGUCGGGGACACCAUCCAAAUCGUCCUCAAGAACAUGGCGCUUACUUCAGGGCGGAACUUUUCCAUCCACCCCCACGGUGUCUUGUACGACAAACGGUCAGAAGGUGCCCUGUACAUCGACGGGACGUCAGGGGCGGACAAGUUCGACGACGGAAUCCCACCGGGCCAGAUGCACGUGUACAACUGGACGAUCCCCGAGUCGUUCGCGCCCACCAAAGACGACGAGAACUGCCUGGCGUGGCCGUACCACUCUCACCGCGCCUCGGAACGGGACGUCGCCACAGGACUGGUGGGCAUGCUGUUCGUCUGUCGGAGAGGCAUUCUGAACGACGAUGGGACGAGGAAGGACAUAGACCGAGAGAUCGUCCUCUACCUCGAUGAAAUAGCAGAAACCGCCAGCUUUGUCUUCGAGCAGAACCUAAAGCGGUGCGGCAACCCCGGCAAGUGCAAGUACCUCUUUGAAACGAAAGACCCAGACUUCUUCACCAGCAACAGGAUGUUCAACAUUAACGGCUACGUGUUCGGAAAUCUGCCCCGCUUCGAAGUCUACGAGAAGGAGAGUGUCGCGAUACACUUGUUUUCCUUGUACGAAGACAUCACCAAUUUCUACAUCAGCGGACAGACGUUGAAGUUCAGAAAUCAUAGAAAGAGUUCCAUCAACUACAUGGUCGGGUCAAGUCUCACUGUGACGCUGAUAGCUGAGAACCCAGGCACCUAUCUCAUGUCCAGCAUGAUCACACCCAGACAUAAAGCUGGAAUGGACGCGUUCAUCCACAUUCUUCCCGCUCCAUCUCGAACCUACUAUAUCGCAGCCGAGAAACGGAUAUGGAAUUACGCACCAAGCGGACACAAUCUAUUUCUCGGAGGUAGCUUUUCAGAUAAUAAUACUAAAGGGAGCGACUUGCACGCCCAGGCGGACAACCGAAUUGGUAGAAGCUACAUAAAAGGUCUUUACAUAGAAUACACGGACAGUACGUUCACCCAGCGGAAGUACCGGCCAUACGACGAGUACCAUCUUGGAUACCUGGGACCCGUCAUCAGAGCGGAAGUGGGGGACACCAUCAAGGUGGUCUUCAGAAACAGAGCAGACCGCCCGUACUCCAUCCUACCUCACGGGGUCACCUUCACAAAGGAAAACGAAGGCUUUAAAUACAAAGACCCUGAUACUGGUAAAUACGGUGGUAAAAUCGCUCAGCCUGGCCAGACCGUGACAUAUAUUUGGAACGUGCCCGAUGAUACGGCCGCGCCCACUGAUGACGAUGCCCCGUGCCUUGUUCACACCUACCAUUCGGGAGUGAACAUGUUCAAGGACCUACAGACAGGACUGUUCGGUCCUAUACUCAUCUGCAAGAGAGGCCAAGACAAAAAGCUCAACAAACACAGGUUCACCGCGUCUGACAGAGAGUUUUUCAUCUUCUUCUUGACGAACGACGAAAACGAAUCGUGGUACAUCGACGAGAACAUCCAACAGUUCGCGCUGGAUCCUUCCAGUGUCGACAAGAACGACGAAGGCUUCAUAGUAUCCAACGAAAUGCCCGCUCUCAAUGGCUUCACCUGGGCAAACAUGCCAGGUCUGAACAUGUUCACAGGCGACCAUGUCACGUGGUACACGUUUGGUCUGGGAACGUUCGACGAUCUACACGUGAUCAACAUGUUUGGUCAAAUCAUGACGUAUGAUGGCAAUCAUGUGGAGUCGAAGACUAUCCGACCCGGCGCCGGACUUACCCUGACAUCAAGGCCUGAUCGAAAAGGUAAAUGGGCUUUGGUAUGCCCUUCUCACCUUGCCGACGGGAUGAUGGCUACAUUCAGGGUGUUCCAGUCGCCGACGUUCCACAAAACGCCAAAGAAGCAUGGCUCUGGCCGCACCAGGGUCUACUACAUCGCCGCUGUUGAAGUAGAGUGGGAAUAUGCUGAUCAGAAGAUAGACCCUGUAGAGAACACGUCGUUACUCAACAAAACGCUACCUGGUUAUAUAUUUGUGAAGGACAACGACAAGUUCAUCGGAUCUAAGUACUUGAAGGCUGUGUACCGAGAAUACACGGACUACACGUUCACCAAGCAGGUCGAAAGAGGCCCCGAGGAGGAGCAUCUCGGCAUCCUGGGUCCCAUCAUCAGAGGCGAAGUGGGCGACAACAUACACGUCAUCUUCAAGAAUAUGGCUUCCCGGCCCUACUCCAUCCACCCUCAGGGUCUCUUCUACAGCAAGGGCAACGAAGGCGCUGAAUACAAAGACUGGACUUACCCUUCCAGAGGUGACCGAGUCCCCCCAGGACAGUUACACCUCUACUCCUGGCACGUCUCCCCAGAGUCUGCACCAGGCCCCAAGGAUCCCAACUGCAUCUCAUGGAUCUACUAUUCAGCCACGGAUCUCGUCAAAGACGCUCAGUCCGGACUGAUCGGACCUAUCAUCACCUGCAGAAAGGGCAUUCUCGACUCCAAGAACAAGAGGACGGACGUCGACAGAGAAUUCGCGGUUAUGUUCGUCAUCAUGAACGAAAACGACAGCUGGUAUCUCGACCGGAACAUAAAGAAAUUUGCACCCAAUCGGGUAGACCACGAUAAGCAGUUCCACAAGAGCAACUUGAUGUUUUCAGUCAAUGGAAAAAUUUUCGCAAAUAUAAAAGGACUGGUGAUGCAGCAAGAUGAUGUGGUAGACUGGCACCUGUUCGGCUGGGGAACGUACAAAGAUGUUCACCCUAUACAUUUCCACGGCCAGACGAUGGUGCUGCACACCGACAAGAACCACCGCGUUGACGUCAUAGAGCUGGCGCCGACCGUGUCGGAAACACUGCAGAUGUUGGCCGACAACCCCGGCACGUGGAUCAUCCACUGCCACGACGGCCGACACAUCGCCAACGGCAUGCAGGCAGUUUUCACCAUUCUGAAGAAACAUUAAGUGAUAAAAAAAAACCUUCAGGAGAUUAUUGAAUACCUUGUUAUUUUUCAAUCGCAGCAAUAUUUUUAACAGUAUUCAUUGGUUUAAAAAGGGCACUUGCAUUAUUAAACAAGAGACCUAUCGGCCUAUAGAGCUCUGCUAUUUAAUUUUCAAUUUUGUCAGUAAAAUAAUUGUAAUAUAUUUCUGUUAGUUUAAUGAGAUGUUCCCAGAGGUUCAUUGUACCAAGUUUCAGAACAAUCCAAUCGAAACUCUAAGAAGAUAGACUUCAAAUUAAAAGUUGAUGGACAAACGCCGGACAGACACCAGACAAAACACUAUUAUAAUAAAAAUUCAAUAUUUACUAAAUAUAUCUCUAUUAGUUUAUGAAAACUGCUUCAGAGAAUCGUAGUACCGAGUUUCAGAACUACCUGAUCAAAACUUUAGGAGAAUUCAAAUUAAAAACCUUUUUAUUUU